AGGGUAUUGGUGAAGCAACUCCAACCUUACAAAGGUUGAUCACCAAAAAUAACUCUGUCUUUCCAAUGUAUAUAUAUAUAAUAUAUUUUCUUUAAAGAAAAUCCAAUCUCAUAUUUUUCACCUAACUAUCACCAUGGCGUUUCCACCUUCCAAAUCCAAGAUUCUUCCUCUUCCUUCUGCGUUCAAUAUAAUCGUCAUCUGUUUCUUCUUCGUUUCUUCUUCUUUGGCAGAGCUUCGACAUUUCCAGCAGCCAUUAAAGCCUGAUGGUUCUCUCAGCUUCUUGGUCAUCGGCGACUGGGGAAGAACAGGACUUUACAACCAAUCACAUGUUGCUCUACAGAUGGGAAUAACCGGAGAGGAACUGGACAUAGAUUUUGUGGUAUCCACUGGAGAUAAUUUCUAUGAAGAUGGUUUAGCAGGAUUGGAUGAUCCUGCAUUUUAUGAGUCAUUUGUUGAUAUCUACACUGCUCCAAGCUUGCAAAAGCAAUGGUACAGUGUUCUUGGAAACCAUGAUUACAGGGGUGAUGUUGAAGCACAAUUGAGUCCCAUUCUUACACAAAAGGAUAGCAGAUGGCUUUGCUUGAGAUCAUUUAUAGUCAAUGCAGAUAUUGUUGAUUUUUUCUUUGUGGACACAACUCCAUUUGUGCAUGAAUACUUCGUAAAUCCUGGGGAGCAUUCCUAUGACUGGACAGGUAUAUCUCCCAGGGAGACUUACCUUGCAAAUCUAUUGAAGGAUUUGGAUUCAGCAAUGGGAAGUUCCACAGCAAAAUGGAAAUUUGUUGUUGGUCACCAUACCAUCUUUAGUGCAGGACAGCAUGGAAUCACAGAAGAGCUUCUAAAGCAGCUUUUGCCAAUUCUACAGGAACAUAAUGCUGAUGCUUACAUAAAUGGGCAUGAUCACUGCCUGCAACACAUCAGCAGCAGCGACAGCAAAAUUCAAUUCCUAACAAGUGGAGGUGGCUCAAAAGCUUGGAGAGGUGAUAUAGCGAAGUGGAAUCCAGAGGAAUUGAAGUUGUAUUAUGAUGGCCAAGGUUUUAUGUCAGUGCAAAUCACUGACACAAAGGCCUUUUUUGCAUUCUAUGGUAUCUUUGGCAAUGUUUUGCAUCAACUGAGCAUAUCCAAAGAGAGUCAUUCAUCUGCAUAGAGAUCACAGAUUUAAGUACUAAUAGGAGUAUGCAAUAAGUUGGCAAAAUAAAAAUGGGAAAUUUGUAAUGAUGUUUUAAAAGAAGAGCUGAAUCUAUGUUUAGACUUAUAGGCUUUCUGGUGUACAAAUACAAAUAUUGAUAUUAGUAGUUUAUGCAUAUUUAACAACAUUGUGCUAGUUAACUAAACUUAAUAACAAAUUUCAAAUAAAGUAGCUUUUUUAUUUUUUAUCA